UUGCCGGGCUCUUCCGUUCAUGUGCACCUCUGUCAAAUCCAAAAUGUAAAUAAAUAGCAAGAGCUUUUUUGUGGCAGUUUUAUUAGCAGCCCUCGGUUAGCCGAUGCUCUGCUGCUCAACUUUGAAACCCCCAGUGUCUGAGUCAUAACAUCUCCAGAUUUUGUUGUCAGCGGAAAGUUUAAUCCUUGUUUUACAUGCUAACGCGCGAUGCUAACGUUAGCUCGGUAACAACUUGUGAGCAGCCUGACGUGGUGGAGGAGACAGAGGCGAGGAGAUGGGCUCUGUCCGCUGGGCUUUCCGCUGUGGGUCGUGGACACCGAGCAGGUCUGACUGGCUGUUUGCUGCUCGCUGCAUUCAGCGGGAGGAAAAAGACAGGAUCGGACAGUUUGUGUUUGUCAAGGAUGCCAAAUCAGCCAUGGCUGGCAGGCUGCUGCUGAGGAGAUUUGUGUGUGAGAGGAUGGGGAUCCCAUGGUCAGAGAUCAAGCUGGAGCGAUCUCCCAGGGGGAAACCUUACCUGGCAGCACCAUUGAAGGUCAGUCCAGGUUCAGGCCCUGAACCCCCAGCCUGGAGUUUCAACCUGUCCCACCAAGGGGAUUACGCUGUGCUCGCUGCAGAGCUUGGGAUGCAGGUCGGAGUGGAUAUAAUGAACACAGUAAUGCCAGGUAGCAGCUCUGUGCCAGAGUUUUUCCGCAUCAUGACUCGUCAGUUUACAGCGUAUGAGUGGAGCGUCAUCCAAUCGGCUGGCUCGGAGCACCAGCAGCUCGCCGCGUUCUACCGCCACUGGGCACUGAAGGAGAGCUUCAUCAAAGCCAUCGGCACGGGUCUGGGCUUCAACCUGCAGAGGGUGGAGUUUCACCUGGCCCCUGAACCGCUGACACAGGGCCUGGCACUGCGCCAGACCAAGAUGCACCUAGAUGAGGAAGAAGAAGAGGACUGGAUAUUUGAAGAGAGCUUGCUGGAUGCUGAGCAUCAUGUUGCUGUUGCACUUGGACCAGCAGACAAACCAGGCUCUGCACCUCUUCGUCCAUCUCUUCCUCCUCCCAGCACGUUUACGCUGCUGUUGUUCAGUGACCUCAUCGCCUCGGCCUCACCUCUGACAGAGGAAGACCCCGCCUACUGGGACAGCUUCAAGAUGAAGGCUGAAGCUCCACAGAGACAGAGAGAGACUCUCGCAUCCAAAUAACCACCUGUCCUCAAACUGACAAUCACCUGACAUAUCUACACAUACACACACACACACCUUUGAGAGUUGCCAAAAAAGACAUACAUACAUUGACAUUGAAGCUGCUUUCCCAUUCAACACAAGUCAAGUCAAGUUUAUUUUUAAAGCCAAAAAUCACGGUUUGUCUCAGAGGACUUGAGAAUCCGUACAGCUUCUGACAACUUCUAUAUUUUGAUCCUCUGUUCAGAGGAGGUAAAACUCCACAAAACAAACUUUACACACCUGAUAGACACACACACACAAACAGUUAAUGUUGAUCAAUAGGUUGAUAUCCUAUGAAUUGUAUUAACUUGCUAUCAAAAUGUGAUGAUUUUGUGUUUAAGAUAGGACAAAGCUGGCGGUUUUUUACAAAUCAAAGCAAUUUAUCCAGAUUAUCUAAUUUCAGAAGACACAUUGUGAAAAAUUGUGCACUGAGUUCCUCAUGAUUGAUCCUUGUUCGUCCCAACAGCCCUUAAACGAUACAGUGACUGAAAGAAAUCUGUAAUGCGGAGUGUAUUUAAUGUAUAAUAAUUAAGGCUGAAACGAUUCAUCGAUUAAAUCGAUUAAUCAAAUGCAUCGACACAAAUUCUUGGCAUUGAUGCUUCCUUUAAUCCAUAUAACUAUUUACCACACUGUUUCGCACGGACAUUUAUUACUAUCGCACCGAAUCACGGUACGUGAUUAUAAUGGCGCUGUUUGCGCAGUGGAGGAAGAGAGAGAAAAAAGCGAGAAGAAGCUAAACAAAACAACUCUGUAAUGUUACCGUCCGUCCACCUUAAAACGAAACCUAAGUCAACAGCGCAGCAGCACCUGAUCAGAAAGCACCUGGUGUUCUGCCAGCAGAUCACAGACAAGGUAACAGCAACUUUAGCAGAGGGGAGCUGCAGAUUCAGGUGAUCUGUAGGUUCAUUACUAUGAGUAACCUUUCACAUAGUUGUCGCAUUGUACUUCGAUACAUUGUUUUUAUAAAAAUUAAAAUUUUAGCAGCUUUAAACAGUAACAUAACAGCUCCUGAAAACCUUUUAUUUCUCUGAUCUCCAGUGGUUUGACAUCUUGCUUUGCUGCAGCGAUGUACAGGUGUAUACCUGUGCACUCUUAAGGCUGCAAAUGAAACACUUUAAUGACUUUCGAAAUCACGCAUCCUGAGAAAAUCGGUCGGUCAUUCUGCUUGAGAGCGCCGCCGCCAAGCAAAAGUGGGCCUACUUCUUAAAGGACUCAUCGAUUUAUCGUUGAAAUAAUCUAUAGAAGCUUCGAAUGCUAAAAUCAUUGUUAGCUGCAGCCCUAAUAAUAAUAUAUAUGAUGAUUCAAAACUCACAUAAUAAAUAAGUGGUGAUUAACGCACUAUAUUUACUUUUAUUCAAAUUCCUAUUUGGAUCAUAGAUGCAAGGAUGAGCUAAAGUGUUUCUGUGCAGUCUGUGCAGGGUGUAGGUAAAAGAAACACUUCACUUUUAUAUCUGUAUUCAAGAUGGAUGUCUCUUUUCACAAAGUAAUUUUUUCCUCUCACUGGCUCUGUCUUUUAUCCCUUUCUUUCUUUAGCGCAGUUUUUCUGCAGUUGUGUAUUCAAUGCAAAGCCACAUAUAAAGUAUGCAAUGACUGCUGCA